AUGGAUCGCCUGAAAGUGAAACGUGCCAGCCGUCGUACACAAACAACGAAGCUCAUCAACGACGCCACGGCUGCGCUGAACGAUGGAUCUUCCAGAUUGGAUGUGAUCAACAGCCUACUGGAACGACUCACAGUAAGUCACAGUGACUUGACUACUCUCAACAAAGAGAUAGAACCGCAUGUGCGAGAGGAGGAACUCGAAAGCGAGUACGUCACUGUGAUGGACUAUGAAGACAGAGCGACGGAAACGAUUGCCAACCUGCGUUGGAGACUGUCGCAAUCUCAGACGUCGCCGACUCCAUCGCAGCUUUCUAACGUACAGACAGACGUAUCAAGAACGCCGCAUGCCCCACGUCCUGGAGUGAAACUUCCUAAGCUUAGCCUACAGCAAUUUCGUGGAGACCUCUCUGAUUGGCAAGGGUUCUGGGAACAGUUCAGGACAACGGUUCACGACAACGAGGGGCUAAGCAAGAUCGAAAAGUUCCACUAUCUCCGUUCGCUACUGCAUGGUCCAGCAGCUGGAGCUAUCGCCGGCUUGCAGACGUCGGAGGCAUCAUACGACGACGCGGUGGAAAUCCUUUCACAGCGUUUGUGA